CGCGCCCCGGCCUCGCCGAACACCGCCAAGGCCUCGCGGCGUCGCCCUGAACACUGAGGCGCGGCCGAGGCCUGGCACCAUGGCCAUUGGCCUCGCCAUUGGCCGAGGCCCUCGCAGCCCUGAAGGAUGCGGCUGAUUGUGUGGGCUCUCGUAUGGUGUCACACCUGCCUGAGCGUCAUGGGGGCGCAGCCACCGCAGCCAGACGACAUCCUUGGCCUGGAUCCCUGCCGACCCAGAGCACCCAGGGCCCGGAAACACGCCUCGGGGAUCCGCCUCGUGGCGGGCCACUUCAACAACGUCAAGAGCAUCGGAGACCGCGGAAGCGAUCCCCAGAGGUUCGCCAGUGCCGCGGCCCUGCAAGGCAUCCGCCGCCGAGCCCCGGCUCCCGACGGCAACCUGGACACCUUCCGGACGAUGCUGCUGGAGGAGACGGACGACCUGCCGCACCCCGGAGAGGUGGUCCUGCCCGCCGAUGACGCGGAGGCCUCCGCGGCCAACGAGGUCCCCAACGAGGUCCCCGACGAGGGCCGGCCGCCCUUCGACGUCCACCUCACGGCCGAGAGGCGGAAACCCCUGCUCGUUCUCGUGCCGAGCGGACCUGGGGACAGCCGGUGGCCGCCCCUUGGGUCGCCCCCUGCCACAGCCGCACCGCAGCAAGGGACCACCCCGGCGGCAAGCGCGGCGCCGCAGCAGUGGACUUCUCCUGGGAACACUCCAACACAGCAUUGGUCUACCCCUGUGAGCGCUGGGAUACUUCAUUGGACUCCCCCUCCCCCUGUGAGUGCUGCAACGCCUCAUUGGACUCCCCCUCCCUCUGUGAGUGCUGCAACGCCUCAUUGGACUCCCCCUCCCCCUGUGAGUGCUGCAACACCUCAUUGGACUCCCCCUCCCCCUGUGAGUGCUGCAACACCUCAUUGGACUCCCCCUCCCCCUGUGAGUGCUGCACCACCUCAUUGGACUCCCCCGCCCCCCGUGAGCGUUGGAACACCUAGUUGGACUCCCCCGCCCCCCGUAAGCGCCGCAUCACCUUAUUGGACUCCAACUGGGAGCGACGGACCACCGUGGACAGCGCCUGUGAGUGCUCCUACACGGCACAGGGCUCCCCCCGCUAGCGCUGCGACACCUCAUUGGCCUCCCCCUGUGAGCGUUCCAACGCCUCCUUGGACUGCCCCCGUGAGCGUUCCAACAUCUCACUGGACUCCCAGUGGGAGCGCGACCACCCCGUGGACCACGGGGGGCUUCAUGACGUUCCCUGAGUGGUCCAGCGCUGCAGGUGGCGUCGCCUGGCAGCCGCUCGCGAGCGCCGCCACCCCGCAGUGGGCGCACCCUGGUGCCGCGGGCGGCACGAGCGCUGCGAGCCCCCCGCGGUCCGUCGCCGCCGCCGCCGCCAAACGGCCCGGGGCUGCCAAGCGUCCGCCAAAGCGGCCCAAGCCCCGGCCCGGGAAGCGCCCACCAGAGGCCGCCCUCGGCCCAGCGACGGGGCCGCCGUCAAAGCCACCAUCGAGGCCGCCGUCGAAGCCGCCCACCGACCUGCAUAUCGUGCCAAGCGCAGACAGCGCGGCCGCCGCUGUGAACCUAGUGCCAUCCGCCGAGGCGUCAGGUGAGAUCCAGAACCGGUGGCGCGGAGGGUGUCAUCGUUAA